AUGCAUAAUUAAUAAAAUAUUUACUUAGUAAAAGUUUAGAUAUUUAUAAGUCUGAUAAAAUAUCUUGUGCUAUAAUUGAUUAUUUAGUUGCAAUUACAGAAAUAGUUGUGUUUUUUAGUAUUAAAGCAUCAUAAAUUUGUGAAUUAAUCUAUAUCAUUUUUUCAAUUUUUAAAGAAUAAACGCUUAUCGUGUAAUAAAAGGUAGAACUAAAUCCUAUAAGCUUUUUUGUUACGUCACAAAAUGAUAAUUAAACUAGUUUAACUGUAGAAGUUUAAAUUACGUUAUUAAGAGUUUAAAACAGACUAAGAAGGUUUUUAUAUGACAUAAAUAAAUGAGCUAGGUUAGUUUUUAAUUAAAUCUUGCUAAGUAGUCAUUAAAAUUAUAAUGUUUGUAUCAGGUAUAGGAAAGAAUACCUUUAUUUAUUAUUGA